UGUCAAAUACAUGUCAAUCACAUGUGUCACAGUUAACCUAAAUUUUUCCACGUCGUUUAAGUUUGAAAUCUACUAAAAAGUAUAAAUGUAAUCGAAAAGUCUACUAAAUUAAUUCAUCUUAAAUAAAUAAUUUCAAUAAGAAAUCAUGAGCUUUGAAAGUGAAGAUAUAAACAUAGGUUAUGUUACCUGUCCAACUGAGAAGCGCUUAUUACUUUUAUUCACAUUUCUUAAAAAGAACCGUAACAAAAAGAUUAUUGUUGUUUUUAAUUCAACAGCUUCAUCUGUGUACCAUAAUGAUCUUUUUCAUAACCUAGAAUUGAACACAGAACUUGUUAAUAAAGGAGCUAAAUUAAAUGCAUUAAUUUCUUCAAAAUCAUCACUUCCCACAUUGGUGAAUAGUGAUGUUAUUAUAAAAGAGAAGUUGGAUUUAUCAAUUUUUGAUUGGGUUGUUCUAUAUGAACCAAUAAAUCGAUUCAAAUCAAUUCUUAAUAAACAUGUUAAUAAUUUAUUAUUAAUUUUACAAAACUCUGAAGUUAAUUAUUUAGAGUAUUUGAAACAAUCAUUUUUGGUGGAACCUAAUCAAUUAAACUUUACCUGGAGCAAAAUUACCCAAGUUCAAUUACAGAUUGAAAAAUUGGUUUCUGAAAGUUAUUCAUUAAAUACUUCAGCGAAAGAGGCGUUUAAAGCAUAUCUACGAUCAUACAAUAAUCUAAAACAAAAGGAGAUAUUUAAUGUGAAAAACUUGGUGUUAAAGAAAUUGUGUCUUUCUUUUGGAUUUAAAGUUCCUGUUGCUGUUGAUUUAAUAGAUGAACCAGUUGAAUCCACUGCAAGGAUAAAAAGGAAAGGUACUGAUGGAUAUGGAUAUUACAGUGACACAAAAAAAGUUAAGAGUGAAUAUCGUAAAAUUGCUGAGGAGAAGACUAUAAAGGUCUUUAAAACAGUUAAAGGUGUAAGAAGAAAGUUUAAUGUAAAAAAGAAUAAAUAAGUAUUUUAAUUUUUA